GGAUCCAAAGGUGACGUGGCAAAUCUUGAUUGCUCCGAAUAUUACAAUCGAAUCGAUCUAACCAAAGAGAACCCGCCGAACCUGGCCAGAGGCAGAGCCAUCAAGGAGGGGAAGGAGGAGAAGAAGAAUAGGGAGAGGAGAGUCGCAAAUCAGAGGGAACCGAAAACGGAGAAGAAAAUCCAUGGCGGGGCACGAUAGUGGAUCGAUACUUGUAUUCGCGCAAUUCCAGAGCGCGGUGGACGAGGGUUUCUGGCACAGACUGUCCUCUCUCAAGCUCAACAAGCUCGGCAUCGACGAAUCUCCCAUUCCCAUCACUGGUUAUUAUGCACCUUGCUCUCACCCGCAGGUGUCAAAUAAUUUAACUCUACUAGCUCAGUCUUUGCCUUCUGAAUCAAACGAGCAAUCUUCAACAGCAGCCACAAGUCGUGGAAACAGGAACAGGUGCCCCAUCCGGGGCAUUCUUUACAACACGAAUACAAUUGAAAGCUUCCAUACGCUUGACAAGAAGAGCUUGCUAAGGGCAGAAGCAAAGAAGAUUUGGGACGACAUUCAUACUGGAAGGGCUGUGGAGGAUAGUGCAUUGCUUUCAAGGUUCCUUCUUAUCUCGUUUGCAGACCUGAAAAAAUGGAACUUUCAUUACUGGUUUGCUUUUCCUGUUCUGGUGCUUGAUCCUCCUGCAACCUUGGUUGAUUUAAUGCCAGCUUCACAGUAUUUUAGCUUAGAAGAGGCAGAAUCUGUUUCUGCAGCUUGUAAUGAGUGGCGUAACUCAAGCUUAACAGCAGAUGUGCCAUUCUUUUUGGUCAGUACUGAUCCAAAUUCACAUGCAACUGUUAAGCAUCUGAAGGACUGGGAAACCUGUCAAAGCAAUGGUCACAAGUUGCUUUUCGGAUUUUAUGACCCAUGUCAUCUUCCACACAAUCCUGGUUGGCCUCUCCGCAACUACCUUGCUCUUAUUUGUGUGAGAUGGAAUCUCAAGUCGGUUCGCUUUUUAUGCUAUAGAGAGAGUCGUGGCUUCGCAGAUUUGGGGUCGUCCCUUGUUGGUGAAGCCUUGAUUACAGUUCCACCAGGAUGGAGGGAUCAUCAAUCUUUACCUAAUGCAGUGGGGUGGGAACAUAACAAAGGGAGGCAAGUACCCAGGUCUAUUAGCCUUGCUAAAUCCAUGGAUCCAACUAGGUUGGCCAUAUCUGCUGCAGAUUUGAAUUUAAAACUAAUGAGAUGGCGUGCUUUACCAUCCCUGAACUUAAAUGCCUUGUCAUCUAUCAAGUGUCUUCUACUAGGAGCAGGUACGCUAGGAUGCCAGGUUGCUCGCAUGCUUAUGGCUUGGGGGGUGCGGAAAAUUACACUGCUUGACAGUGGCAGGGUUGCUAUGUCAAAUCCAUUGAGGCAGUCCCUCUAUACAUUGGAUGACUGCCUCAAUGGAGGUGAAUUUAAAGCCACAGCAGCAGUUAAAAGUCUCACUCGCAUAUUCCCAGCUGUUGAUGCAGAAGGUGUUGUGAUGGCUAUACCAAUGCCUGGGCACCCCGUGUCUAGCCAAGAAGAGGAUAGUGUGCUUGAAGAUUGUAGACGCUUGCAUGAUUUGAUUGAUUCUCAUGAUGCAGUUUUCUUGUUGACUGAUACAAGGGAAAGUCGGUGGUUACCUACACUUCUCUGUGCCAAUACGAACAAGAUUACCAUAACAGCAGCUCUAGGGUUUGAUAGCUUCUUGGUUAUGCGCCAUGGAGCUGGUCCUUUUGUCUCUAGCCAUGACUUCAAAGUUGAAGCUGCUAAUGCUUUAUCUGCGGUGGAAAACAUUGCCCAAGCUGAUAAAGUUGAAAGGCAGAGAUUGGGCUGUUACUUCUGCAACGAUGUGGUUGCACCAAUUGAUUCAACUGCCAACCGCACAUUGGACCAGCAAUGCACUGUUACACGACCAGGGCUUGCUCCUAUUGCUUCAGCUCUUGCCGUUGAACUUUUGGUGGGCAUCCUGCAUCACCCUCAAGGGAUAUAUGCAGAAGGGGAGGUUGCAAACUCCUUGACCAGUGAAAGUAGUGAGCAGCCCCUUGGUGUUUUACCCCACCAGAUUCGAGGUUCCCUCUCUCAAUUUUCUCAGAUGGCACUUGUGGGUCACUCCUCAAACAGUUGCACAGCUUGUUGCAGCACUGUGGUAUCCGAAUAUCGGGAAAGAGGAAUGGAAUUUAUUAUCCAAGCAAUCAACCAUCCAACUUAUCUAGAGGAUCUCACUGGCCUAACAGAGUUAAUGAGAUCAGCCAGCUCCUUCAAACUUGACUGGGACAAUGAGACGGAUCCUGACGAGGACGAUUAUGUUGACAUUUAAGGAAUUCCUUUUAACUGGAUGCGCUUAUUUAUUCAACUGGCAUUAGAGUACGUUAUUCUAAUGUGAAACAACUUAGUUCUUUGAUUUGA